GGGCGCGACAGGCACAAAUACCCUUCCCGAUACUCACAGAGAUAUCUUCGGUCUGUACUCCAUCCGGAUGUCUGUCUCCCAGCAGACCCACUACUCCGCCGUCUUCCCAGACACCCACGGAGUCAUCAGCCGAAUCUCCGCCUCCAAAGGAGUGCUGACGCCGCGCAGCAUCAUCAAAUUGAGUGUGCAGGCCAACGAGAAGGCUGCAUCGAUCAGACGCGCAUUGGGAGACGAUGGCGUCUUGCGGGCCAUAAAACGCGCCAAGGUGGAUGUCAUACCCACAACUGUACCAAGAUUGCGGCGGCGGAUGAAAGGUGAGGAUUCACGCUACCGGCUCUGCGAACUAAGUGUGAUGGUCCUGAUAAUGAUGUGUCUUCAGGUCAAGGAUGCGACAGGACACCCUCAUCUCGUGCGCAUCUUCGCAAAACUGUUCUACGGGAGGUUCCAGAUUGCGUCGUCACGAUCUGCUGUUCGCCAUUCUGCGAAAACUCCGUGUAGCCCAUGAUGUUCGCUAAAGGAUCAGAUAAUCGCAAAUGAAGACGGACUGACUGACUCAGUCUUCUGACCUAGGUGUUGAGUAUCGUCACAUCGGUAUUAUUGCGAUGAGAGUCAUGCCGAGAAGUCUAUGCGACCUCAUGCAGUCAGCGGAAGUCAACCUGGACACUUUAGGGCGGAACUCAGCCAAUCCGUGGACCGUGUCUCACCUUGAUCUCACCCGAAGUCAGAUAUCCUGAAUAUGGCGCAAAUGAUCCGGCUACAGAGAAUCUGUUCAAUUAAUCGGCUCAUCGCAAGCUGACUUGACGU